UUUUAUUCCUUGAACUACUUACUAUACAUCAAGUUAUAUGUAAUUCUAAGAGAGGGAGCAAGAGCACGACCCCGGAAGGUACCCACUAAGAAUCCUCACCGUCGACGGCCUAGUUUCGGCGCAUCGGUGUCAACAUGUGGUCUCCGCGGCCGUGGUCGAGUGAGACGCAGUGGUGGCUUUGUCGGAGAGGGCGCUGGCGUUUUCGCCGUCAUUCGGGGCUGGUUAGUGGGGAGGCGACCUGGCUGCAGGGUGGGUGCUGUAUCCCCUGUUGGUUCGCCAAGCGGCACUGGGUCUUCCUCGAUGGGGCUCAGCGCUGGAUUCCGUCUGUUGGGGCAUGUUCGUGGCCCGAUUCCGUCAGCGUGGGUGGUUUAUCCUGGGCGCUGGGUUGUUGCCGUGGUUAGUUGGGCAGUUUUGUAGGCGUUUUCACAGGCGGUUAGUCGUAAUCCGAGGGUUGCGUUUGCGAGGGGAAUUGGUUUGGGGGCGAACGUGGCAUGAGGUGG